UACCUGAGUCAGUAUAUUUUUCUCCUCAAACCAUCACGUACUUCAAAAUGGCAAAUUUACGAUUUUUGAUUUUGAUAAUAGCUUUCUCCUAUUCCAUUUGCGGCAUCAUGUCGGAAAUUUCUCUGACAUGUGAUUUUGAACGCGACACCUGUGGCUUCACCAACCAGGAAGGGCUCCUCGCUCUGUGGGUUCGGAAGGAAAUGAGCCUCGGUGGAAGAGAAGGCAACGUGAUGGGGGUGGAGACGAACGGCAGUUCCGUGCAACUGGCCAGGAUGAUGACGCCCUAUUUCGAUGACGUGCAUGGGACGGUUGACGCAUGCCUGUCGUUCGACUACUUCAAGGAAGGAGAGGGCGUCAGGAGCUUCAGUGUCCAGCAGGAGAGAAAAUUCGGCAUCACUCCGAUCUGGCUGCUGAGCAAGCCGGGGCGCGGAUGGCAGACGCCCACUGUUAGUGUCGAAGUUGAUGAAGACAGCAGGUUCUUCUUCGAUGCAGUUUUGGACGCUUCUCUGGAAAAUACGACAUUGGCUAUUGACAAUAUGAAAGUGAAGCUGAGCAAGUGCUGAGACAGUUAACGUAAACUUGAAACCCGG